CAACCUACCCGUCUCAGCAGCUCUGAGCAGGAAGAUGUCUAGCCUGCUGUCGAAUUUGCUAAAUCAUGGCUACAUUUAUGGAGCGCUUAGCGUUUCUGCAGAAACUCCCAACUCUUAUGAAGGCUACAGCAGAUGAUGAAAACCCCUGCCCUGGUUAUCUCUUCCAAGAGAUCGGAAAAAUCUCCCAAGAAUCUUUAGGGUCUGAUCAGUGUUUAUUGGAGUAUCUCCUUGAAAGGCUCCAGGUAGAAUCAUGUCAUGUCAAACUUAAGGUGCUAAAGAUCUUUGUUCACCUCUGUGGUCAUGGUUCCAAUAAUUUCCUCACAGAGCUGAGGAGAAACUCCACUUUCAUCCAGCAAGCCUCAGUUUACAGCGGCCCGCCUGAUCCCAUACAUGGCACAGCAUUGUACCAGAGAGUGCGAAACACAGCGCAGGAAGUUGCGCGGCUGCUGUUUACUGAUCCUGUAACCAUAAAAAGUGGCAACCUGCCGCCAAAUAUAACUUCCCUGAGCACUGGCAUGGGAUCUGGUGUGAUUCGUAGAACAGGAAUGCAAGGCUUUGGUUACAACCCGGCGAAGCAGGGAUCAGCCACUGAUUCACUACUUGAUAAAAUUCAGAAAGCUGCAGAGGUUGUGGCCAGUGCUGUCCUCCCUCCUACGGAGCAUCAGGGCAUCCGUCUCCAUGACAACCACUACAGAGCAAUAGUGGCGCCGUCUACGCCAAUAGAGGUGGCUGUACCAGCAUGUGCCUAUAACCUUUCUGCCCACAAACCAAAAGGAGGGACCCAGAGAAGUCCAGGUCAAGUCGGAGGUGGCUGGGAGGAAGCUGAGAGUUGCAACAGCUCUUCUCAAAACUCCUCGCAAGAAAUCACAGCCAAUAGUCAGGUCUCAGUGGGUAGCCAGUCUGCUGGCACCGGUAGCCAGUCAGGGGCCAGUAGGGAGAGCGGUGGAGACCUGUCAGAGCGAGUUGAAGCGUUGCAGUUGGGCGACUGUGUCCAGGAGAUGGCGCUCAUCAACGGGCUGACUGAAGGCUCCAAAGUUUUCCUGUCGCGGGAGGAGAGUCAGCGCUUCGUGAAAGAAUGCUCAACACUAAACUGCGAAGUCGUGCUGGAGUUGCUGGCUAGAAAACUUCAAGAGCCCUCUCACGUUAUUAAGAUGCGGGCGCUCUCAGCUGUUUCGUGCCUCAUGACCUCUGAUCUUUUGUCCCUGGAGCAAAUGUUUGGAGUAACACAACGGCAGCUUUGUGCUCUGAGUGAGGGGCCUCCUGGAGCCGUGGCCAACAAGGCUACCAAGAUCCUGCGACAGUUUGAGGCUCUGGUGCCUGGACCUUUACAUUUAACCAGACAGCCAGCUGCCAGCUGCAGCUCUCAAGAGACUCCUGCACUCACACCUACCUACUCGGAUGCCUUGCUGUCGAACAACCCUGGCCAUAAUCUGAUGAGGCCUGACGUGUCACCUUUACAUGUCAGUCACCUGAGCUGCUCCUCAGACAAGGCAGAGUCUGACCACGGAGGAGACCAACCUCAUCGCGCAGAGGAAUACAACACAGACCCGCCUCAGGGGGAGCAGGCGUGUGCUGGCACACUCUCUUUGUUCCGUGGUAUGGAGUUGGUCAGCAAGGAGAGAUCUCAGUUUGGCAGCGCCGAAAGAGACUCAGUCAGGGAAGAACCAGCCGUGGACUCGUCUGUCAACGUCAGCAACCAACCAUCAGCCUUCUCAUUUCUGAACGUUUGACCACCAGCCAGAACCGUUAUGAUGUCAAAUAUUUCACCUCAGAAUUUUACUCGACCUUGCAUCAAUACUGGAAAGUUAUACUGACUUAGUUUGAUUUGCAUUUCGCCCCGGAAGCCAUAUGUUGGAGCAACUGGAGUCAGCAACUCUGACAAGCACAGUGUGGUCAUCAGUGGUUGCUGGUUUUAAAUGUAUUAACAUGCAUCUGCGACGACAGUUUAUCUCAGGAUAACUCUUAGGUCACGGAAACAACUCGUGCACCUCUGCAGGGGCAGGAAAAGCUCCAUUUGCACUUCAGUUGGGUUUAACCUCCAUUAGCAUGGGUACUAAUGUUACCUGGUAAUUUAUAGUAUUUAUGUUUGGGAAGUCUCAUUGGGAAUGAGAGGGGCAUGUGCUGCAGGAUGAAAACUUGGUUUCCAUUUGGACCAGUGAAGUCUGCAGUUAGCAUUGAGACAGUACAUUUCAUGAUCACUUGCCUAAUAAACAUUUUGGGAAAAGUGGAAAUGCUGAUGUUUACAAGAAGUCGUACCUUGGUUUGACUCAGGCUUGAUCAGACGCCAGAGGUAGAAAGUGUCAAACAUGGAUGGGACAUUCAUUUCUGCUAUUGUUCAGAUGCAAAUAUACCAGCUGACCCCCUCAAAUACCUGGAGAUUUGUGAAGUCCACAUGAUGUUAUCUGCAAAAUGCAGUGGUGCGACACCCGGGUUUCGUUUGCAAACUCAACUGAACCAGUUCAUCCUGUCCAUGAAAAGCAAAGGGGUCAACAUGAGAUUUCACUCCUGAUGGCACACACACACACAAGUCAUAUGCCACAAAUGAAUAAAGGCGAGUAAAGUGCAUCUCUUUAUUUCACUUGUCAGCACUUAGUAUCACACCUUUGUUGAUUAGCACCAAUGAUCAUGUCCACACAUUAACACACGCAUGUAAAGAGGAGCCGCGCUCUCUGUAAAGUGCACACAGUGCGUGCACGCACACACACACACACACAGAUCAACACUGCACAGUAAACCACAGUGGCUGGGCCAUGGAAAGGC